AUACUGAUAUAUUUAUUUUUAUUUAUAUAAAAUCUUCAUGUGUUGACAGAUCUGCAUUUACUGAUAAUAGUGAACUCAAUGUUAAAUUAUUGAUCAAGAACUUGAAGAAUAUGAUAAUAAAGAAAUUGCUUAUAUUAUAUAUAACUGAGUCUCUUAUAUAUCUUUCUACUCUCUCUGUUUCUUUCUCUGUUACUCUCUCUCAAUCUUCUACACUUAUCUCUGUGUCUGAUUCUCUCACUUCUGCUACCUUCAUUCUCAUGAUCUCUACUCUUACUACUUCUACUCUCACUACUUCUGCUCUCUCUGUCUCUGCUACUUCUGCUAUUAUUAUCAGCUCUCUCUGUUUUAAGAAGAUAUUGCAUAGACUUAGUGAAUCAUGUUUCUUAAGAAUUAUUCCUCUUCUUAACAGUGUUAAAAGUAUGAAGAAUAUCUGUGUUUUCAGAAAUGAGAACAUGAAUAUUAUACUCUUUUACACCUGUGAAUAUGAGACUCAUAUACCUUUUGCUCUGAUGCCAGAGAUCAUUUUAAUUAAAGAUAAUAAUACUGCUGAGACUAUCUUCUUCUACUCUCAAGCUUCUUCUAUUAUUUUCUCUCUCUUCUCUGCAGAGAAGGUUGUGU